AAAUGGCAAUUCCUCAAAAAAUUAAAAAUAGAAUUACCAUGUGAUCCAGUAUAAUUCCAUAAUUCCACUUUGUGGGGUAUAUACCCGAAAGGAUUGGAAGCAGGGUCUUGAAGAGAUAUUUUCUUACACUCAUAUUUAUGAGUAACACUAUUUACAAUAGGUAAGAGAUGGAUGGAAGCCACCCAGAUGUCCAUCAACAGAUGAAUGGAUCAACAAAAUGCAGGAUACAGAUAGCAAUGGACUAUUUAUUCUGUCUUAAAAAGGAAGAAAAUUCAGACACAUGCUACAACAUGAAGGAACCUUAAGAACAUUAUGAUAAGUGAAAUAAGACAAUCACAAAAAGACAAAUAUUGUAUGAUUCCACUUAUAGGAGGUUCCCAGAGUAGUCAAAAGUUCAUAGAGAAAGUAAAAUGGUGGUUGUUGGAGGCUGGUGGGAGGGGAAUGGGGAGCUACUGUUUAAUGGGUGUAGAGUUUCAACUUUGCAAGAUGAAGAAUUCAGGAGAUGCGCUUAAUACCACUGAACUGUAUAUUUUUAAAUGGUUAGAUGGUAAGUUUCAUUUUAUGUGCAUUUUGCCACAAUUUAAAACUUUAAAAGGUAACAAUUUAAAAACGAAGCAACAGAAUGAGUUUCCAUUUAUUGACUAUCAUCGUGGCAAAGAUAAGUAAAAUUAACAAUUCUGAGUGAUGGAGAGGGUUAAGGAAAAAAGGAACUAUAUAUCCGGUUAUUGUAUAACUUGUCUUGAGGGGAGCGAUCUGAAAUAUGUUUAUCAAAAUGUCAAAAAUGUCGCCCUUGACCAAACGAGGGGGCCUUCAGGUCCUGAACUUCUGGGCUAUGUUUGUUGGCUCUGAGCGAACUCAGCUUCAAAAAACGCCCUGAGAUGCUUACAAACCUUGGGAAUGGAGGCUCACUGUCAAACCUUGGGAAUGGAGGCUCACUAUCAAACCUUGGGAAUGGAGGCUCAUUGUCAGUGUGGGUCCAACCUCGGCAGAACUGCCCGAAGCCACUGGGUUGAAAUGAGAGUUGGCCAAAGAGUGUGUGGCAGGGCCCACAGGGUGCCUGCUGCAGGAGGGAGGGAGGACAAUGGGAGCAGGUGCAGGCUUGGGUCUUGGGAAGAGGAAUGCAUUCCUAACUUAUGACUUCUGUUUUCCCAAUCCAGUGGGAAACGUCACCACCUGAGAGUGGAGACAGGGCAAUUCUGAGGCAAUUCUGUGGAGAGUUGCUCAGGCGGGCCAGCCUCUUGAGAAAGGACCAGGAGAGCUGGGUGGUUCUGAGGCUCUUUGGGGCUGGUGGUCCUGAGUUUUCAGUGGCUCCCUUCUGCGCAGUGUGGACUGGGCUUCAGUGGUUCUCAGUUGCACAAGGCAGGAGCAGAGGAGGCAGAUGUUAUGUUCAGCCCUGAUACUGAUGUGGAUAAUGUGGCUUUUGAGGACGAGAGGAGGCUGAGAGUAUAAAGUGGUGACGGCAGGACCAGCCUCCACACAGGGCUGCGGUGAGGACAGAAUGCCACUGUGUACAGAAGUGACAGCACAGUUCCCAGAGAUUGGUGUGGGGAUCACCGGUUUCGGCAUCUUCUUCAUCCUCUUUGGAACACUCUUGUACUUUGAUUCCGUGCUCCUGGCCUUUGGAAACCUGCUGUUCCUGACGGGCCUCUCCUUCAUCAUCGGCUUGAGGAAGACCUUUCAGUUCUUCUUCCAACGGCACAAACUCAAGGGAACCAGCUUCUUCCUGGGGGGUGUGGUUGUCGUGCUCCUACGCUGGCCCCUCCUGGGUAUGUUCCUGGAAACCUACGGAUUCUUCAGCCUGUUCAAGGGCUUUUUCCCUGUUGCCUUCGGCUUCCUGGGCAAUGUUUGCAACAUCCCCUUCCUGGGUGCGCUGUUCCGGAGACUUCAAGGCACUAGCUCAAUGGUCUGAACAACAGAGAUGAGCUCCUUGAACUUGGAUCAUUGGUUGAGGGGGCUGGAGAGAGAAUGGGAACCACCCCCUCAGUCCCCCGCACUGACUCACUCCCGGUCAUAUCUGGACCUCCCCAAGUCCAGAAGGAAGGAUGGAGCUGAGCAACUGACGUCAAAUCCCCAAGUCGACUCAAGAGGCUGCCAGGAAGCAGAGACGCAGAGCCCCAAGGAGAUUGGGCUGGGACUGGCAUCACACCCUCACUAUAUAUUUAAAGGAGGAAAAGUGAAGAUUAAAUUCCCAAGCUGUGUGUGUG